AUGACCCGAAGAAAGCGCCACGCGGUCGAAGAGCCUGAUCAUUUCAAUGACCCUCACGAAAGCACACGCAAGUAUAUCAAAGCCGAAGCAGGAGACGAGACUCCUCAUGCUCCAGAUCCUUCGUACCCUGCCGUCAUCUUGUCGGGCUUUACGUGGAAUAUGGAUGUCGAUGCACGAAUCUCACGAGCAUUGGAGAUAUAUAAACCAUUGUUUCUUGAGGUGUCACUUGAGCUGCCUGCUCAUGAGAAGCUCGCCAUUAAGAACCAGUAUGGGAUCCAGACCGAUUUCGUCAAGGUGGUUUGCGGUAGUGCAGAGGAUCAGGAAAAGAUGGCGAACGACCUUAAUCAUGCCAGGUACACGUGGACGAAUCCUCAUCUUGAGGUGAGAAAGGUAGAUGGAAUAGGUAGAAUCAAUGGUGUUAAAGCAAAUUCGCAGCAACCGCGAGAGUCUUGUAACCUAAACACCGCAUCGAUACUCAAUCCCGAACAAGAGAGACGAGAAGCACAAGCCAAGGUGUGGAUUAAGCUUGCCGAAGCCAUUACUAAUGCACGAACGCACCUCUUUGGCGACGAUCUCGAUACAUUCGAAGCUCUGAUUGCCAAACCCAUACCUGGAGUCGACCCAAUGGACAGAGUAAAUAGCUGGAUUCGUGGUGGUGCGCCUAUUUCACAACCACAGAAACUGAAAACGGGUAUUCAAAGAAUCAAGGUCGAUAAUGCACGAGAUGCUGGCGAGGACAAGGAGAAUGUCACUAUGGAUGAUGAGAUGGCUGAUAUGGGCGUGACGUUCGGGCGGACUGAUAUGAUUCCUUGGUGGUAA